AUGUUGUUGAAGUUUACUCAAGAUGAAAAUCAUUUCGCUAACGGCUUGUCAGCGGCCGUCCUAGGGUUCUCGAAUGACAGUGUGCGGAAAUUUAAAGAUGGCUUCCUGUUCGGGGCAGCGACUGCUGCAUACCAGGUGGAAGGGGCUUGGAACGAAGAUGGCAAAGGAAAGUCAAUAUGGGACCAUUACUUCCACAGCAUUCUGGGUCAGGAGUCUGCACUCGGAGACAUGGCCAGCGACUCGUACCACAACUACAAGAGGGAUGUGGAGAUGCUAAGGGAGCUGGGGGUGGAUGUUUACAGGUUUUCUAUGUCCUGGCCUAGGGUAUUGCCUGGAGGUUUCAGCAGCAUAAAAAACGAGCCAGGCCUUCAAUACUACGACAACCUAAUAGACGAGCUGCUAAAAUACAACAUCCAGCCCAUGGUCACUAUAUACCACUUCGAUCUACCAAGGGCCUUGCUAGAGUUGGGGGGGUGGUCCAACCCCCACUCUGUUAAGUGGUUUGAGGACUAUGCUAGGGUGUUGUUUGAUCGAUAUGCUAGUAAGGUAAUUUUUUUAAAGUUUUUUAGCCGAUUUGUCAAAUAUUGGAUCACCGUUAAUCAACCAAACACCGUGUGUCACUUCCAAUACCAUGGGGACCAUUUGCCUAAAAGCAUAGAGGGCGCAUUGGCUUACGUGUGCUCUAAGAAUGUGCUUCUAGCACACGCUAGAACGUACAGAAUGUAUGAGAAGGAGUAUAAGCAGAUAUAUGGAGGCUCCGUCGGGAUAUCCAUAGUUGUGAACUGGGUGGAACCCGUCACCAACAGCACUGAAGACGUGGAGGCUGCUGAAAUUUACAGAGAGUUCUCGUACGGCUUGUACAUGGACCCGAUCUGGUCCAAAAGUGGAGACUUUCCCAAACUGGUGAAGGAUAGGGUGGCCAAGAAGAGUAAGGAGCAGGGAUUCGCAAGAUCUAGACUGCCUUCACUUACGAAAGACGAAAUCAAACUUAUUAAAGGCUCAUCAGAUUUCCUAGGCCUAAACCACUACACGACCUACCUGAUAUCUCCAUCGAAGGUUAGCCUUCCUGCGCCCUCAUUCGCUGAUGAUAUGAGCAUUGUCAAAACGGGUAUUAGGGACGAGUGGACGCGGGCGCGUAGUGCUUGGUUGAAGAGCACGCCCGACGGUCUGUACAAAGUUUGUCUGCUCCUCAACCAGCGUUAUGACUACCCCACCAUCUUCGUCACGGAAAACGGCUGGUCCACGGACAAGGGUCUUCAGGAUCCAAGUCGCUCUGAAUACAUUCAGCAGUACCUUAAAGCACUGUUGUUGGCCAUAGAAGAUGGGACACAAGCCCUCGGUUACAUAUACUGGAGUCUCAUGGACAAUGUUCAGUGGCAUCUUGGGAUCGGACUCUGUUGUUAUAGUUAUUGCUUGGUUAAAUUUGCAUUUUUGUUUGCUGUAUCGGUUUCAUUGCAACAGGCGUUAACGGUCAAAGUACAUAAGAUGCGAAUCAUCUUAUCAACGGGUAUUUUAAGCUUGAUAGUGGCCGUCUCAGGGUUCUCAGAUAACAGUGUGCGAAGAUUUAAAGAUGGCUUCCUGUUUGGGGCCGCAUCUGCAGCGUAUCAGGUGGAAGGGGCUUGGAAUGAAGAUGGCAAAGGUCAGUCCGUAUGGGACCUCCACUUCCACAGUGACCCGGAGCAAGGGCCAGUGCCCGGAGACGUGGCCAGCGACUCGUACCACAACUACAAGAGAGACGUGGAAAUGCUGAGGGAGCUCGGGGUGGAUGUUUACAGGUUUUCUAUAUCCUGGCCUAGGGUACUUCCUGAAGGUUUCAGCAGUAAGAAAAACGAGGCAGGCCUCCAAUACUACGACAACCUGAUAGAUGAGCUGCUAAAGCACAACAUCCAGCCCAUAGUCACUAUGUACCACUUUGACCUACCCGUGGUCCUGCAACAUUUGGGGGGAUGGGCCAACCCCUACUCUGUCGACUGGUUUGAGGACUAUGCUAGGGUGCUAUUUGACCGAUAUGCUAGUAAGGUCGAAUACUGGAUCACCGUGAAUCAACCAAACUCCGUAUGUGAGGUGGAAAACUAUGAAAACCGUCUGGCCAAAAGCACGCAGGGAGUAAUGGAUUACUUAUGCGCUAAACACAUACUUCUAGCACACGCUAGAACUUACAGGAUGUAUGAGAAGGAGUAUAAGAAAGUAUAUGGAGGGUCCAUCGGUAUAUCCAUAUCUGUAAACUGGGCGGAACCCGUCACCAACAGCACUGAAGACGUGGAGGCUGCUGAAAUUUACAGAGAGUUCAAGUACGGCAUGUACCUGAACCCGAUCUGGUCCAAAAGCGGAGACUUUCCCAAACUGGUGAAAGAUAGGGUGGCCAAGAAGAGCAAGGAACAGGGAUUCGUCAGAUCUAGACUACCUUCGCUUACGAAAGACGACAUCAAACUUAUUAGAGGUUCCGCAGAUUUCCUAGGCCUGAACCACUAUACGACCUUUCUGACAUCUCCUUCGAAGGGCAGCCACCCUAUACCCUCAUUCGCUGAUGAUGUUAGCGUCGAGCUUACUACCAAAGAUGAGUGGACGCAGUCACAUAGUGCUUGGCUGAAGAGCGCCCCCUACGGCUUGUACAAAGCAUGCCUGCACCUCAACAAGCAUUAUGACUACCCCACCAUCUUUGUCACGGAAAACGGCUGGUCCACGGACAAGGGUCUUCAGGAUCCAAGUCGCUCUGAAUACAUUCAGCAAUACCUUAAAGCGCUGUUGUUGGCCAUAGAAGACGGUACACAAGCGCUCGGUUACAUAUACUGGAGUCUCAUGGACAACGUGGAGUGGAUGGCUGGCACCAGUGAACGUUUUGGUCUGUACGAAGUAGAUUUCGACUCGCCCGAACGAACGCGAUUAGCGCGGCAGUCCGCGCUGGUUUACAAGAGAAUCAUACAGAAGAGAGUCGUCGAAGAGGGAUGGAAGCCAAAAAACUUGAAAAUUAGUGUUAGCAAAGUGAAAACUGAAUUGUAAAC